AUGGAGGGCAGUCAUGGCAGCCGCGGCGGUAUGCCGAUGGAGCCACAGCAGCAGCAGCAGCAGCAGCAGCAGCAGCAGCAGCAGCAGCAGCAGCAGCAGCAGCAGCAGCAGCAGCAGCAGCAGAACCAACAGCAGGAGCACGGGGAUGCGACGCGGCCCGGGGUUUGGCAGGAGCCCGCGCAGCACCUGAUGGCAGCCCUGGAUGACCCGCAGAACGACGUGCGCUGCGCAGCCGCGGCCGCGCUGCAUGUGCUACUGCGGCGCCUGCCAGACGGCGCCGGCAGCUGCGGCGUUCGCUCUGUCGCGGAUGACAUUCGGCUGCGAGUGCACGAGCAGCUGGACUCGGGCGCGGCGGCGGGGUCCUUCGUCCGCGUGCGGCCCGCUUACGCGAACGAGGGGCGCUAUUUUGUGCGGGUCCCCAAGGGCACCAACUCCGACCGGUUCAAGAUCGAGGAAGACGAGCAGGUCGUGGCAGAGGAGGAUCUAGACGAGGCACUGCAGGAGCCCUUUGAUCCCGAAACAGAGCGCAUCAAGGUCGAGCUCUUCACGCAAUACCUGGCUGCCCAGGAGGAGCAACAAUUCAGGGGCACGUUCCAGGAGUACAUGGAGGCACUCGACACGGCGCCGCUGUCAGAGGAGGAGCGCCGCGUGCUGCGCGACGCGAUCGCGGACGCGCGCGCGGAGCUGGGGCCGCUGCCGCCGGGGGGCGCCGAGGAGCCGUGGACGGAGGACGACGUCGCGUUUGCGGACGAGUGA